CCACUUCGGCGGAUAUGACGUACACAAUAUGUUUGGAUUAAUGGACCUACCUUGCGAUUCAAUCUAUCCGACUCGUCCCUGGAAAACGUCCGUUCUUGAUCAGUAGAUCAACUCUCCCAUCUGCUGGGAAAAUGGACUAGCCAUCGGGUCUAUUGACGGAAUAGGACAGGAUGUUGACGUGUUUCUAGCUUGGCGACAACUACGCCGCUACGGCAAGUGGCAGGAUUUUCACCUCUACAUUCAGGCCGUUCUGCAGUUUCGAAUCUACCAAAUUCCCAUGGUUGGCGCUGACACUUGUGGAUUCAAUGAUAACAUCAACGAGGAGUCGUGCAACCGUUGGAUGCAGCUCCCGGCAUUCGUUUCGUUCGACAGGAACCACAAUACUUAUGCCGCCCUUCCUCAAGAGCCUUACCGCUGGGAAAGCGUAGCAAACGCAUCCCGCAUCGUCAUUGCUGUCAGAUACUCCUUACUACUGCCAUACUGGUACACGCUCUUUGCCAAUUCCUCUAUGGCUGGUCUUCCGCCUGUCAGGGCGUUGUUUUACGAGUUCCCUGACGAACCUGAGCUUUUCACAGUGGACAGGCAAUGGCUUGUUGGAAGUGAUACUCUUGCGACUCCAGUACUGACUCCAGGAGCUACGACCGUCGACGGUGUCUUCGCAGGUAGUGUAAUGUGGCCGGACUGGUACACGCAUGCCGCCUCACAUCAACGUCCACAUCCGGGACAACUCUGCUCUAUUACUGCAUCAAGAGCCGGGUACACCAUCUAUGAGACUCGCGAAGGCCCCUAUUUGCUGCUUACAGCAGACACAGCAUUCGGCACUGCAUAUGUGGACGAUGGGACCAGCCGCACAUACAAGAUUGAGGGUAACGGAGAAUAUACGGUUCUGCAGAAGUUGGAGAUGAUCACUGUGCCUGGCGUGCAGAAAUCUACCUUGGUCUCAUUGCAGGGAUCGCCGGUUAAAGGGUGGGCUUAUAAGGAGGCCACUGAAGAGCUGGUGGCGUCGAACACUUCUGUCAACCUUAAUGGGCAGACGACUUUGGUGUGGAAGUAG